CUCGCUCAGCCGUCGUUCCUUCUGGACUUAUGCCUGUCUUGCGUGCGGGGAAGAUUCCUGGGACAGUGCAUGUAGGCUGACGUCGUCAGGAGAUUGGAUUAAUCGGAGCUUUUAGAGAGCGCACUUCCGGCACGCGCGGAAAGGAAGAUUACCGAAUGCGCUUCGAUGUCGCUCGUCGGCGAAGCCGUGUCGAGUUAUGCUGUUGCGGAUGAUGAAGUUUGAAUUUUUUUCAAGAUGGUUAUGUUAGGAUUGGUUGAUUCUUUGGCGCAGGCUGACCCUUUAAAGGAGGUGACUUUGGGUACGGUCAUGGCAACUGAAGAAGAAUAUGCUUCCCAGUCUAAGCUACUUCAAGAGUUCACUAACGUCUGCAGCAUUGACAAGGCAUGGAUAUUUCAGUCUGAAAAGGGAAAAGGCUCACAGGCUAUGUUCUCAGUUAGCCAAUCAAAUCUUCUGGCAAAUAAGAGGAGGAAAUUUAUUCUAUCUGCUCAAAUUGCCAGUGGAAGUAGCAAUUCUGUAACCUUUCAGUGGGCUCAAUUCCCUGUUGAGAUGGCAAAUGCUUCUCUAAUUGUUCCCUCACCCUCGGGUUCUAAGCUACUGAUAGUGAAGAAUCCCGAGAAUGAUUCUCCAGUUCAACUAGAAAUAUGGGGCUCGUCUCAGUUGGAGAAGGAGUUCCACAUCCCCCAAUCUGUUCAUGGUUCUGUAUACACGGACAAAUGGUUUGAGGGAGUAUCCUGGAACUUUGAUGAAUCUCUCAUUGCUUAUGUUGCUGAAGAACCUGCUCCUUCCAAGCCUACCUUCGACAGUUCUGGCUAUAAAAAGGAUAGUUCAAAUGAAAAAGAUUGUGGCAGCUGGAAAGGCCAAGGUGACUUUGAAGAGGAGUGGGGCGAAACAUAUGCAGGAAAAAGGAAGCCAGCACUCUUUGUUAUUGAUAUUCAGAGUGGAGAGGUACGAGCUGUUCAAGGAAUAGCAAGUUCUUUGAGUGUCGGCCAGGUCAUAUGGGCACCAUCAUCUGGAGGCAUAGAUCAACAUUUGGUUUUUGUUGGGUGGUCAUCAGAUCAAAGGAAGCUUGGCAUCAGAUACUGCUACAAUAGGCCCUGUGCAUUAUAUGUAACUAAAAAUCCAUUCCAUCAAUCAGAAGCAAAUGAAAAAGAUUUCAAAGGUGAUUCUGGUAAAGGUUCAACUUUGUAUAAUCUAACUCAGAGCAUCAGCAGCGCCUUCCUUCCACGUUUCAGCCCAGAUGGGAAGUACCUCCUGUUUUUAUCUGCUAAGAGUGCAGUGGAUUCUGGAGCACAUGGGGCUACUAAUUCACUCCAUAAAAUUGAUUGGCCAGUAGAUGGAGAGCUGAGCCUGCACCGAAGUAUUGUUGAUGUGAUCCCUGUUAUAAUGAAUGCUGAAGAAGGGCACUUUCCUGGGCUUUACUUUUCUGGUCUCCUUACUAACCCAUGGCUUUCUGAUGGAUGCACGAUGAUCCUGUCUUCCAUUUGGGGCAGCAGUGAAGUUAUACUUGCAGUAAAUGUGUUAAAUGGGAGUGUAUCACGAAUUAGCCCUACUGAGUCGAGUGCUUCAUGGGAAAUUCUCUCUCUUGAUGGGGACAAUAUUGUUGCUGUUUCUAGCAGUCCCACAGAUGUCCCUCAGCUCAAGUAUGGUUAUCUUAUCGACAAAACAAUAUCAAGUGCUUCAUGGAGUUGGCUGGAUAUUUCUAGUUCCAUAUUCAAAUGUUCUGAAAAGGUUAAGAUGUUGCUGGGAUCUCUUCAAUUUAACAUAAUUAAAAUUCCAGUCAAGAACGUUGCUGCUUGUACAACAAAAGGUGCUUCAAAGCCCUUCGAGGCAAUAUUUGUCUCAACAAAAUCAAAGAAUGACUUGCCUGAUCCACUUAUUGUGGUCCUUCAUGGUGGACCUCAUGCUGUUGCCAUCUCAAGCUUUUCAAAGUCCUUGGCGUUUUUGUCUUCUCUUGGGUUCAGCUUGCUAAUUGUGAAUUACAGAGGUUCAAUAGGAUUUGGUGAGGAAGCAUUGCAGUCCCUACCAGGAAAAGUUGGUUCACAGGAUGUCGAUGAUGUACUUACAGCAAUAGAUCAUGCUGUUAAUUUGGGACUUGCCAAUCCAUCUAGAAUAGCUGUAGUGGGUGGUUCCCAUGGUGGCUUCUUAACAACCCAUUUGAUUGGCCAGGCACCAGAUAAGUUCAUUGCUGCUGCUACGAGGAAUCCUGUUUGUAACCUUGGAUUGAUGGUUGGGACUACUGAUAUUCCUGAUUGGUGCUAUGUCGAAUCUUUUGGUAGUGAAGGGAAGAAUCAUUUCACAGAAGCACCUUCAGCUGAACAUUUGAGUCUCUUUUACAGCAAGUCUCCAAUCUCUCAUCUCCAUAAGGUUAAGACACCAACCCUUUUCCUUCUCAGUGCUAAGGAUCUCCGUGUUCCAUUUUCUAAUGGGUUACAGUAUGCUCGGGCACUAAGGGAGAAAGGAGUCGAACAUAAAGUAAUUGUAUUUCCCCAUGAUGUUCAUGGCAUCGACAGACCACAAUCUGAUUUCGAAAGUUUCCUGAACAUUGGAGUGUGGUUCAAGAAGUACUGCAAAUAAGCCAGAAUAUGAAACUUGCAUUGUCGUAUGGGUAACAAUCAGAUGCCUCAAAUUUGGUAUUCCAUCAUUGUAUAAAUAUAGGCCAAAAAAAAAAAAAACAUUGUCUACAUUUGGGGAAAAAAAUUGAGGACCCCGCAAAAUGCACAUUGUACAUGCUCAUCUGGAGCAAGACCUACCAUAUAAGUUAAGGGUUGGUCUUCUGUUAGAAUAAUGAUGCCGGAUUCUCAUCAAUAAAUUAUGUUUCUCUGAUGAAA